CUUCCAAGCCAAGCAGGACCGCCUCCUCUGCCACCUGCACCAAUCCAGCACAAGCAGCACCCGUCAGUCACCUCCCUCAACCAGUCCCUGGCCAAUCAACCGGCGGAGCUCCAGAGCGCAUCUGAAUGUGUGCAGCUGCAAGAAAACUGGGUUCUGGGUGGAAACGUGGGCUUGGAGAACAGGCACUUCCUGCUCAAGACUGGAACAGGCACUACGUCUCUCUUUACAACUCCUAAUCCUGGAUAUACAAUGGCAACCGGGACUGUUUAUUCACCGCCAGCCCGACCUUUGACCCGCAACACACUAUCAAGAGGUGCAUUCAAAUUUAACAAGUCGCCGAAACGGUGUUCAUGGAAAUGCACCGCUCUCAGUGCCGUGGCUGUGGCCACCCUGCUGACUGUCCUGCUCUGCUACUGUAUAGCCAUGCAUGUACUUGGCCUGAACUGGAAGCUGAAGGAUGUGGAUAAUCAUGCCUUUGAGAAUGGACGAGCCAAACCAGUGACGUUCCCGACCAACACUGUGACUGCAGUUUCUGCAGACGGAAGGGUAGGAGUGAUGCUGCAGUAUAACUCCACAUUGGACACGGGGCAGGUGGAGUUGGGUCAGCAAGUAGCACACGCCAUUCCUCCAGGAGUUUUCUGGAGGUCCAGACUUAUCAUCGAACAACCACACUUCCUCAAGUUUAAUAUUUCCAUUCAGAAAAACGCCCUGAUUGGAGUCUAUGGGAGGAGGGGGCUUCCACCUUCACACACUCAGUAUGACUUUGUGGAGCUUCUGGACGGCAGUAGGCUGAUCUCGCGAGAGCGUGUUCAGUUGGAUCCGGAGCUCAGGGACCGAUUGGAGAUACCGGUCAGCGUUCAGCAGGCAGGAUUUAUUCAGUACCUGCACACCGGUGUGUGGCACCUGGCUUUUUACAAUGAUGGCCGCACUGUAGAGCCUGUCUCAUACAAUACCAUAGUACUAGAGUCAGUGAUGGAAUGCCCACACAAUUGCUAUGGCAAUGGAGAAUGUGUCUCAGGCACGUGUAAUUGCUUCCCAGGAUUCCUUGGGCCAUAUUGCUCGAGAGCGGCAUGUCCAGUGCUGUGCAGUGGGAAUGGUCAAUACAACGGCGGUCGCUGUCAGUGUUACAGCGGUUGGAAAGGGAUCGAAUGCGAUGUACCAAGCGGUCAGUGUAUGGAUGCCCAGUGUGGAGGUCAUGGCCUGUGUGUUUCAGGAUCCUGCAUAUGUAACCCUGGCUUCAGAGGUGACAACUGCGACCAAGUGGACUGUGUGGACCCAUCCUGUUCGGGCCAUGGCUCAUGUCUCCAUGGUCAGUGCCACUGUACCUCAGGCUGGACUGGAUCCAACUGUGAGACGCAGCUUUCUUUGUGCCCAGAACACUGCUCUGGCCAUGGCACAUUCCAGACUGAGACCAGCACCUGCAUCUGUGAAGCCAACUGGACUGGUCCGGACUGCUCCUCAGAAGUGUGUGCGGCAGACUGCAGUCCUCACGGUGUGUGUGUUGGAGGUGUGUGUCGGUGUGCGGACGGCUGGUCGGGGGCCGGGUGUGAACAGGAGGACUGUCAGGCUCACUGUGGGGAGCAUGGUGUGUGUCGAAAGGGGAAGUGUGAGUGUCACCAAGGUUGGACGGGAGAAAACUGCAAUAUCGCUCACUUUUUGGACAGCAAGAUAAAAGAUAGCUGUCCAGGACUGUGCAACAACAACGGCAGGUGCAUUCUGGACCAGAACGGAUGGCACUGUCUCUGUCAGUCCGGAUGGAGAGGGGUGGGGUGUGAUGUCGCUAUGGAAACCCUUUGCUCCGAUGGCAAGGACAAUGAGGGAGAUGGCUUGGUGGACUGUAUGGAUCCAGACUGUUGUAUUCACAGUGCCUGUCAGGGUCAGACGUAUUGCCGCGGGGCUCCAGAUCCCAGCACAAUACAACAACCCAGCUCUCCCACUUCAGACACUCAAGGCUUCUAUCAGCGUGUGGGCUUUCUGGUGGCUCCAGGCGGCACUCAUACCCUACCAGGAGAAAACACGUUCAACAGCAGCCUGGUGUCUGUAGUGCGUGGACAGGUGGUGACGGGCGAUGGAACUCCUCUGAUUGGGGUGAACGUGUCUCUUCUUCAUUACCCCCAACAGGGUUACACUAUCACCAGACAAGACGGCAUGUUUGAUUUACUAGUGAACGGAGGCAAGGCACUGAUGAUGCGUUUCGAGCGUGCUCCGUACUCCGCUGUGCAUCGUACUGUAUGGCUGUCCUGGAGAGUUUUCCACGUAAUGGACACACUGGUCAUGAGGAAAGAGGAAAGAGACAUGCCAACCUGUGAAUUCAGUGGCCUUGACAGACCCUCACCCCGAAUCACAGCGUCACCGCUCUCCACCUUCUACCGCUCCAGUCCUGAGGCCAGUCCCAUCAUUCCCGAGACACAGGUUCUUCAUGAGCAGACGGCCAUUCCUGGGAGUGAUUUAGACUUGAUUUACUUGAGCUCCCGAGCGUCAGCCUACAAACCUGUUCUGAAGGUCAUCUUGACCCAGUCCAACGUGCCCUUCGGCUUGGCUCGGGUCCACCUCAUGGUGGCUGUGGAGGGCCGGAUGUUUCAGAAGCAGUUCCCAGCCUCAGCCCGGCUCUCUUACAGCUUUAUCUGGGACAAGACAGAUGCGUACAGCCAGAAAGUCUACGGACUCGCAGAGGCUGUAGUUUCUGUGGGCUUUGAGUAUGAAUCAUGCUUGAAUGUGAUCCUAUGGGAAAAGCGGACAGCCACACUGCAGGGAUAUGAGCUGGAGGCCUCCAACAUGGGCGGAUGGACCCUGGAUAAGCAUCACAUCUUGGAUGUGCCAAACGGGAUCCUGUAUAAAGGGAACGGUGAGAAUGUGUUCCUCUCUCAGCUUCCUCCCAUCAUCAGCACUGUAAUGGGGAACGGCAGACGCAGAAGCAUCUCCUGUCCGAGCUGUAAUGGCCAGGCGGAGGGAAACAAACUGCUGGCCCCUGUUGCUCUGGCAUGGGGCAUUGAUGGCAGUCUGUAUGUUGGCGACUUCAAUUACAUCCGACGCAUCUAUCCGUCAGGCAAUGUCACCAGUGUCAUGGAGCUCAGAAAUAAGGAUUUCAGGCACAGCAACAAUCCUGCUCACCGCUACUACCUGACCACGGAUCCGGUGACAGGCCGGCUCUUCGUGUCUGACACCAACUCCAGACGCAUCUACAGCCCACUGGGACCGCUGACCAGCUCAGAGCUCCAGCAGAACGUAGAGGUGGUGGCGGGAACCGGAGAUCACUGUCUGCCUUUUGACGAAGCUCAAUGUGGGGAUGGAGGUCCAGCCACUGAGGCUCUUCUCACGGGGCCCAAAGGGAUCGCCGUCGACAAGAACGGACUCAUCUACUUUGUUGAUGGGACCGUCAUCCGAAAGGUGGAUCAGAACGGCAUCAUUUCCACCCUCCUGGGGUCCAAUGACCUUGCCUCUGCUCGACCUCUGAGCUGCGACUCGGUUAUGGACGUCCAUCAGGUGUCUUUGGAAUGGCCAACGGACCUGUCUGUUAGCCCGAUGGAUAACUCCUUGUUUGUUCUGGAUGGCAGUGUGGUUUUGCGGAUCACCGAGGAGGGCCAGGUCAGUGUCGCAGCAGGCCGACCCCUCCACUGCCCCAUGCCUUCUACAGACAUCUCGGUGACAGAAACACAGCGAGCCACGCAAACCCAUCUGGAAUCCCCAAGCGCCAUCGCCGUCUCCUUUAGCGGAGUCCUGCACAUCGCCGAGACAGACGAGAGGAAGAUGAGCCGCAUUCGCAGCGUGGCGGCAGAUGGUCAGAUCACUCACCUGGCAGGAGCGCCUUCAGACUGCGACUGCAAAACCGAUGUCAACUGUGACUGUUACCUAACCGGUGACGGCUUCGCUAAAGACGCUCGCCUGAACGGCCCGUCAUCUCUGGUGGCAGCUCCGGAUGGAACCCUAUACGUUGCUGACCUGGGAAACAUUCGCAUUCGCACCAUCGGAAGAAACAAGCCUGCACUUAACAGCAUGGGCCUGUACGAAGUGGCGUCAUCCGGCGAGCAGGAGGUGUACAUGUUUGACAGUAAUGGCACACACCAGCAUACAGCUAACCUGAUCACCGGAGACUUCAGAUAUAACUUCAGCUACAGCAAUGAGGGAGAUCUGACCUCGGUGGCUGAUAGUCAUGGGAACACGCUCCGGAUUCGCAGAGAUGCCAGCCGCCUGCCCGUGCGCAUCGUUGCACCUGACAACCAGGUUAUUUGGCUAACUGUGGGCUCGAGUGGUGGGCUCAAGACCCUUGGCACACAGGGGCGUGAACAGGUGCUGCUAACUUACCAUGGCAACAGUGGUCUCCUGGCAACCAUGAGCACUGCCAGUGGAUGGACAACAUUUUAUGACUAUGACACAGAAGGGCGACUCACCAAUGUAACUUUCCCCACCGGAGUGGUGACUAGUCUUGCUUAUGAAAUGGACACUGUAUCUACAGUAGAAAAAGAAAGUUUUGAACGAGAGGAAGCUGCAAGCAUUACUACAAACCAGUCAGCAAUUCAAAACAUUCUCACAUUACAACAAGAUCAGCUGAAGAACAGCUAUGUGAUUGGUUACGACCACUCCUUAUGGAUUCUGUAUGCCAGUGGAAUGAACACUCACUAUCAGACGGAGCCACACAUUCUGGCUGGAGCUUCGUCCCCUACGCUGGCACGGAGAAACAUGACACUGCCCGAUGACAGCGGGCAGAAUCUGGUGGAGUGGCGCUUUCGCAAAGAGCAGACGAGGACGAAGGUCACAGUGUUUGGACGGAAGUUACGAGUAAAUGGACGGAACAUUUUGUCUGUUGAUUACGACCGAGCACUGAGGAUUGAAAAGAUCUAUGACGAUCACCGUAAAUUCCUUCUGAAGAUUGGCUAUGACACAGCAGGUCAGCCCACUCUCUGGAUGCCAAGUAGCAAACUGCUGCCCGUCAACCUCACUCGCAGCAGCAACGGGCAGCUGAGUGCCAUACACUGGGGUUCAGUAUCAGACAAGGUGGAGUAUGAUGGACAAGGCCGCCUGCUUUCCAGAACGUUUCCUGAUGGGAAGACCUGGAGCUACACUUAUCUGGAAAAGUCCACUGUCCUAAUACUGGCGAGUCAGCGGCAGUACGUCUUUGAAUAUGACCCUCAGGGAGGCCUUUCUGCAGUCACCAUGCCCAGUGUUGCCCGCUACACCAUGGAGACCAUCCGCUCUGUGUCUUACUACCGCAACCUUUACCAUAUGCCAGAAAGCAAUGCCUCCGUAGCUGUGGAUUACACUGAGGACGGCCGACUCCUGAGAGUGGCACAGCUGGGCAUGGGUCGGAGGGUCCUGUACCGUUACCGGUGGCACAACAAGCUCUCGGAGGUUCUGUAUGACAGCACUCGUGUCAGCUUCACCUAUGAUGAGACAGCAGGUGUGCUGAAGACGGUCAAUCUGCAGAACGAAGGAUUCAUAUGCACCAUUAGAUACAGGCAGCUCGGCCCACUGGUAGAUCGGCAGAUUUACCGCUUCAGUGAAGAUGGGAUGGUCAAUGCUCGCUUCGACUACGCUUACGACAGUAGUCUGCGUGUCACAAGUGUUCAGGGGGUCAUCAAUGAGACCCCGCUGCCCAUUGAUCUCUACCAGUAUGAUGACAUCUCAGGCAAGGUGGAGCAAUUCGGCAAAUUUGGUGUCAUUUAUUACGACAUCAACCAGAUCAUCUCCACCUCCGUCAUGACUUACACCAAACACUUUGACGGGCACGGUCGGGUCCGAGAGAUCCAGUAUGAACUGUUUCGUUCUUUGCUCUUCUGGAUCACAGUCCAGUAUGAUGAUAUGGGCCGAGUCACCAAGCGGGAGAUGAAGAUUGGUCCAUUCGCCAACGCCACCAAGUAUAGCUAUGAAUAUGAUGUGGACGGGCAACUACAAGCCGUAUACCUCAAUGAGAAGAUGACAUGGCGUUACAGCUACGACCUGAACGGGAACAUACACUUAUUGAGUCCAGCAAACAGUGCUCGAAUCAUGCCUCUACGCUAUGACCUGCGAGACCGUAUAACUCGACUUGGAGACCUGCAGUAUGAGUUAGAUGAAGAUGGGUUUCUCCAGCAGAGAGGUUCUGAGAUCUUCCAAUACAACUCUAAUGGACACCUUGAACGUGUAUACAGUAAAUCCAGUGGAUGGUCUGUUCAGCACCGCUAUGAUGGUUUAGGAAGACGAGUAUCUACAAAGUCCACCAUGGGGCAACAUCUACAGUUCUUCUAUGCAGACCUGAGCUAUCCUAGUAGGAUAACACAUGUCUACAACCACUCCAGCUCACAGAUCACCUCUCUAUAUUACGAUCUGCAAGGGCACCUGUUUGCGAUGGAGAUCAGCAAUGGGGCAGAGUUUUACAUAGCUUGUGAUAACACAGGAACACCACUGGCUGUGUUUGGCAGUGAUGGCAUUCUUCUCAAACAGGUCCAUUAUACGGCCUACGGCGAGGUCUACUCCGACUCCAAUCCUGACAUUCAGUUGGUGAUUGGAUUUCACGGUGGACUUUAUGACCCUUUAACAAAACUGCUUCAUUUUGGGGUGCGUGAUUAUGACAUAAUGGCAGGUCGCUGGACUGCACCUGAUUUCAUGCUUUGGGAGAAACUCAGUAAGAACCCGGGUCCUUUUAACCUUUACAUGUUCCGAAACAACAACCCAAUAAGUAAAGUCCAGAAAGUUGGAGACUACUUAACAGAUGUGAACAGCUGGCUGGUCACAUUUGGGUUUCAUCUACAUAACAGUAUUCCUGGUUUCCCAAUUCCUGUUUCUGAGAUGACUCAAGCAUCUUAUGAACUGGCCAAAAGUCAAGUGUGGGAUGAUCUAACACCCAGCUUUGCAGUCCAGCAGCAUGUCAUCCGGCAAGCGAAAGCGUUUUUACGGUUUGGUGAUCUGCCUCAGGUGGAGUUCGGCCACAGCCACUGUUCCUCCAAACCCUGGCUGUGGUUUGCCUUGAGCGAUUCACUAAUAGGUCGCGGGAUCAUGCUGGCGCUUUACAAGGGCAUCGUGAUAACCCGUGCUCUAAGCCUGGCUAAUGAGGAUUGCGUCAAAGUUGCCAACAUCCUCAACGGCGCUCUUUACUUGAAAGACUUGCACUUUAUCGUGGAUGGAAGAGACACGCACUUUUUUGUUAAAAUGAACUCUCCUGAAGCAGAUCUAGCGGCGCUGCGGCUCACCAGCGGACGGAAAGAGCUGGAGAACGCGGUGAAUGUGACCGUUUCACAGUCUACAGCUGUGCUCGGAGGCCGAACACGUCGAUUUGCAGAUGUGGAGUUUCAGCGUGGGUCACUAACCUUACAUGUGCGUUAUGGGGCAUCGCUGGAUGAGGAGCGGGUGCGUGUUUUAGAGCUCGCCCGGCAGAGGGCACUCGCCAUUUCAUGGGCACGUGAACAGCAACGAGUUCGAAAUGGGGAGGAAGGAUCCAGACUCUGGACUGAAGGGGAAAAAAGGCAGCUUCUCACCAGUGGACGAGUUCAAGGCUAUGAUGGAUACUAUGUGCUGUCGGUAGAGCAGUAUCCUGAACUAGCAGACAGCGUCAACAACAUGCAGUUCCUACGACAAAACGAGAUCGGCAAGAGGUAGUGAACAGACUACCAUUAAUCAAGGUUUUACCAAGCGGUUCAUGUCCUGAGGCCGAUAUUUUGUAUGAUGUACUCAAAACAACUAAGCCUCAGCCAAUGAGUUAUCAGCACCAUGACUAGCUCAUUCAUUCAAAUUAGUCACCUUAAUUCCAAAAUGCUUUAAAGCAAAUUAUCAUCACUAUAAUAAAGCCAUAGAAGCAGACUACUGUAAAAUAAUAAGAAAAUUAAAAACCACAGAUUAAAGGGUUAUCAAUCGAAGGCGAUUAUCAUGUGCAUUUUGUCAGUAAAGCCAGUUCUACCAGAAAGAUCGGAUAUAUAUAUGAUAUUGAGUUACAUUUAUUUGAUGAGAGUAUUAUCUGACAAAGUAUUAUUUAACAAAACAUAGGAUUUCUUUAGCGAAGGGCCCCGUCCGUAGCUUGAAUCGGAAGCUUGUAGAUCUAGCUAUGACUAGGACUAAUAUAAACUAAUCAUGUUCCGCUAUUUAGCACACUCAAGCGACCACUCCUCCGUCAUUGAAAGCCAGAUAAGCAUGUUUGUGUCAUCAUUGUCAGUAUGAAUACCUAUUGCACAAUGCAUAUUUUGAUUGAUGUCUUUUGGACUAGUAGUUUUUUAGAAACGAUGGGAAUAGUAUUGUGGAAGAUGAUAGGUAUUAACAGUGUUCUGUACAGGGUGCAUAACUUCGAUUCACCGGCAAAAAAUGGACAUUAUUUUAUGUUUCGUUAAAAACCAAUGUCAGAAUAUACUGUACUAUUACUGAUUUUUCACAAACAGAUAUUAAAUAUAACAUAACUUGAAGUUAAUGUUAUAUUUAAUAUCGUUUUAUGAAAUUUUGAAGUGAUAUAACUAUACAAUCAUUUAAUUUCUAUAUUUCAUGUUUAUUUUAUUACAGCAUAUCAAUUUAAAAUAUUAAAAACAUUAAAUUUAUGCAAAUUAACGCUAACUCAACUGACCUUUUAUGAAUAUAAACAUCAUCACUGCACAAAGAUUACCCAAACAGUGUUUGCAUCCUGUCUGUCAGGUUCUCUCUGGCGGAGAGAUCAUCACCCACCAUAGAUAUAUACACUAGAUAUCGCAUACGGACACUGAGCAUGUGUCAUUAGCGCCGCCACAUUUGUACAGUGCUCCCAGGACAAAUGUCAUUCAACCGCACUAGUCAAGACUAAAGCUAAUGUGAAGAUGCUGGACUUUAGCGCUGUGUACUGGUGUAGUAACAAGCAAACAACGAAAACAAAGCACAAAAUUUCAUAGCUAAGAUUUAGCUUUUUACGUUUUUGUAUGUUACGAACUUUUGUGCUAAACACGAUGAUAAUACAGUCACGUACUGAUCAUAAGGAAAGUAGCACUAGCCGGCACUCAAUACUAGGCUUAUGCUAGUUUUGUUGAAUAAAAUAAACAAACAAUGUAAUUGAAAUAUGACAAGACACUGCGGCACUAGAAACUUGUAUUAUUGUUGGCUAAGAGAAUGAGUCGUUCAUAACGAAGAUUCAUUCACAAACGAAUUGCUCCCUCUGUUAGAAUUAAAAGUGAAAGCUGGAGAGGGGGUGUGUUUCAGGACAUGGAUUAGAUCAAAUUAACAGGGAGAGAGAUGAUACAUUUCCAUGCACACAAACUUAUGCUCUCUGUGACAAUGUCAGUGCAGUCACUCAUCCAUCGAUGUAGAAAAGUGAUGUAAAAUUAUAAUUAAAAAAAUAAUAAUUACAUACUGACCACCAGAAAAACUCCCAAUCGUAGAUAUAUGUAUAUAUCUCUGGCUCUGGAUGGCCAGUCCUCCACUGCAUCUUGGUCCCACAUUCAUUUCAAAGGAGUGCAACUAAAAUGGCGGCUCUAUUGACGCAUUCCUUCCAAUAGACACCAACAUCUGACACCGACAUCUAAUGUAAAUAUCUAUGAUCACCCACAACUGACGAUUUAAUAUCCCCAUUUCGAAGCAUUUAUUCGGCAAAAGAUUGUUUAUUAACAAUUUGUGAUAAUAUAAUACUCAUUUCAUUCAGACUGUAAUACAGUGUGAUGGAUAAAUUAAUCUCAAAUGUAUAUUGUCGAUGCUCUAAAUGUCUCCCUUCUAAAGAGACACUCACCCCUUUGGCUUGCCCACUUUCUAUUUUCAAGUGCAUUAGAUGGACGUAGCAAACUUACUGAAUUUUCUCGGAAACCUGUGGUAGGAGGUUCUCUUGUGUUCGGGGAUGAAAGAGUGAGAAAUAAAGAUUAAACAGAUAUAUAGCCUGUCUACAACACGUACGUUUUUAUUCAGAGAUUGGCGUUAAAAGGUAAUCUAUACAGAACAUCGUUGUGUACGGAACAUGGUUAGUCUACAUGGUUAGUUCAGGCAGGGGUGGAGCCUACCCCCAUAGAGUGGGCCAACCAACCUGAUGCUGGUGGGGAACGUCUGUAGACUACGUUUCCAUCACCUAUUUUUAUGUGCAUUUAGGAUAUGCACAUAAAAAAAACGGUUGAUGGAAACGCCAUGAUGCCCAUAAAUUUUGAAAAUGCGCAUAAAAAUCAUAUGCGCAUAACUGAGUAGGAUAAACUUUUAUUCGAUAAGAAAAGAUGCAUAUAAACUAUGAUGGAAACACUUUUACUGAACAAAUUUCCGUAUGCGCAUUAAAAAAAGUCAUGCGACUUUGUUAUAAGAGAUCAUGUUAUGAUAAAAAUGUGUGCAAAUGGAUAAUCCAGCAGGCUGAGCGCAUUGUAAAACAUCUGAAAUGUUGCGUUGGUCAUUCUAAAAUGCCUCACAGGUAAGUAUUAGUGUUGUUAUAUUAUUAAUGACCUCCAGAAUCGAGAGCGGCUGUGCUCUGUGUCUCACGUUUUCAAACGCCACCGCGAGUUCACUGCAUGUCAGGAUUGCCUUCUGAGGCACAAGUCAUUUAUUAAAUGAAGAAACGAUUCACGCAGCUUCUCUUAUCGCAACAAAUUCCAUUUUCACUGUUGAUAUUUAACGCCAGAUAAUCAGGAAGUGACGAUUUUAUUCUCUUUUACUCGUUGGAUAGAAUUACUGCUUUAUUCUCACAUCUUUUAUGUGAUAUUCCAGUUUUGUGCAUAAAGUUAAUUAGCAUUUUUGGAUGGAAACACAGCUUAUGUCAGCAACCAAAUGACUGAACUGCUGGCAGUAUAUAUUCCCUGUGUCUCAUGGAUAUUAGUAGGAACUGACUGUGAUGAGUGACGUGUCAUUACAUUAGGUCUUCCUGGUAGAACUAGCAUUAAAAGCUGCAUUUCUAGUGUAAGUCCAGCACAUGAUUUCAGAUGGAGCAGCAUUUACCACACAGAGCUGUAGUUCACAGAUAAGCUAGGCAAAAUUGAGUUGAAAAUCAAGAUUGCUUUAAUCGUAUGAUGAAAUUGAGAUAAUGUUCUGUGAUAAUGACAGCUGUUUGCCUUGCUCCUCAGUGAAAUAUGACACUAUGACUGUGCAUAAUCUCUGAAAGCACUUGAAAAUACCACAUUUUAUGACGUUUUUACUACAAGCUCACUUACAACUUCAGGUGAGUGUUUGAAAUAGAUCAUGUGAGAUGAUUCUGCAGUGGAAUGACAGUAGCCAAUUUUUCAGUUAAGCUAUAGGGAUUUCCUGGGGUUCUUCUUUGUUGGUGGGCGAUCUGGCAAAAUGGAAAAUUAUAUUCCAUAUUUAAUGAUAACAUUACAUAUUUCCAUAUAAGUUGGUAAUGCUUCAUUAAAAGAGUUCCCCAGCAAUGACUGAAGCCACAAAAAAUUAGUGGGUCCAAUAAAUGGCAUAACA